CCAGCAAAACCCUACCCUAGAAAAAUGAAUCAAAGACGAUUUGCCUUGAGAUAUAGUACUUUGUAGGCAGUCAUACAAUAGUGCGGUCGAUGAAGAAAGUAUAAUGCUCCGAUAUAACUUGUGUUGGUGUGUAUUCUACGAUGAGGUAACGCUCAAAUCAGUGUGAUCAAGCAACUGAGCAUGCUGUUUGUGGAAUUCAUAGCAGGAUGCCUUUCAGGAGCAGUAGGGUUGGCUUUUGGUCAUCCAAUGGACACAGUGAAGGUGCGUCUGCAGACCCAGGUUAAAUACAAGGGGAUUUGUGACUGUGUGGCUAGGACAUACACUCGUGAAGGGAUCCCUGGGUUCUUCAAGGGCAUGACAUUUCCUGUCCUGACUACUGGCAUCACCAACGCUGUGGUCUUUGGUUCCUAUAGCAAUGCUUUAGACUGCCUCACCCAGUCCCAACGGAAUGACCGAAUCCAAGGCAACCCUGCCUCGGCAUCAGCAGUCUUCGCAGCUGGCUGUUUCUCAGGUCUGGCACAGGUGGUGGUUACUGCGCCUGUUGACCUGGUGAAGGUACGCUUGCAGUCCCAGACCAAGGGCUGGGCUGGGGUCGGUGGUGACGGGUAUCGAGGUCCCACUCACUGUGUGACUGUCAUCCUGAGGGAGGAGGGGCCAAGGGGAUUGUUUCGAGGGGGGUUGGCUCUUACCCUGAGAGAUGUACCCUGCUAUGGAAUUUACUUCUUGCCUUACGAAAUCACCUGCAGGUUUCUGACGGAAGAAGGCAAACGGCCAGGCACAUUUGCAGUAUUGAUGGCGGGUGGGGUGGCAGGCGUGGUGACGUGGGCCUUUGCCACGCCCAUGGAUGUGGUGAAAGCGCGGCUGCAGAUGUCCGGUGCUGGGGGCCGGGUGUACCAGGGGGUCCUGCACUGCAUGAGUGUGAGUCUGAAGGAGGAGGGGGUGAGAGUGUUCUUUAAGGGGCUCCUCCUGAACAGCCUGAGGGCCUUCCCUGUCAACGCAAUCACCUUCCUCAGCUAUGAGAGCCUGAUGCGUUUUCUCACCCGGCCGUCUGCAGACUGACCACAAGACUAUAUGCAUCUCCUGGAUACACUCCGGUCGUAUCAAAUGAUGGAAAGAAUAGCAACAUUGGAUGGGCAAACCAUUAUGUGAAAUGAACUGGUAUAUACAGUAUACCUUAGCAUGCUAUACUCAGAAUUAUAUCUUCUAAACUGGAGUUUCACACUUUGUGUUAUCCUCAAUGUGGGCACUCAGACAGGGCUCAUGAUGCUGUUUUAGUAGGACACAGUGCUGUGAUAUCAUAGGGUGUCACCAUACUUAUGGAUGCAAACUGUCAUACAGCAUCACCUCUCACAGAUCUAUGGUACCAUCAGUAUUUUAUAUCAUGAGACAACAAAACCUUGAAUAUGAAAAACACCUGGAAACCAAAUGUUUAUACCAAGACAUGGUGUAUUUAUGUACGAACUUCAUAGCCUUCAUUUAUAAUAACUUUUUAAUAAACAAAAUAUGAAGCAAA